AUGGUUAAAACAAUUAAUAAAAAAGAUUUUGAUAAAGAUUUAGAAACUGUCAAAUCAUCAAUGAAACUUCCUGUUUAUAAUGGUGGUAAUAAUAAAAAUAUAGAGGAACAAGAUUGGUUUCAUGCAAUGAGACCAAGAUCUGAUAUUCAAAACUUAGUUAAAAAUGAAGGUGACUGGUUAGUUAGAGUUACAGACACUAGAGGACUUUAUGAGCUUGUCAUUACAGCUCGUGGUCCAAAAUCAAAAUUGUUUAAUUAUACAGUAGGUGUAUGUAAUAUAAAAGGAUUCUAUUUAAAUAUACUAUUAAAAACAAAAAAUGUAAAAUAUUUCACAAAUAUAGUUGAUUUGGUAGAAAAUUAUAGAGAUAAAAUAUUACCUGGAAGAGUUAUACUAAAAAAUCCAAUUAGUAAACCAGUAUGGCUUAUAAAAAAAACUCAAAUUGAUUAUGAUAUGAAAAAUUGUGAAAUUGGAAGAGGAAAUUUUGCUAUUGUUUAUAAAGGAACAUUUACAAAUAAUGGUAAUCAAAUAAUAGAUGUUGCAAUAAAAGUAGCCAUUACAGAUGCAUCUGAUAAGGUUAAUAUUAAAAAUGCAAAAGAUGACUUAUUAAAAGAAGCUAAAAUAAUGUCUUUUCUUGUUCAUGAUAAUAUUGUACAUUUUUAUGGUAUUGCUUGUGAUAAACCACCAGUUAUUCUUGUCAUGGAAUUUUGUCCUGGUGGUGCAUUAAGUUCACAUUUAAAAAGAGAAGAAAAUAAUAUUUGUAAUUUAGAAAAAAUUUUAUAUGCUUAUGAAAUUUGUAGAGGUUGUACCUUUCUUCAUUCCAAAGAAAUUAUACAUCGUGAUCUUGCAGCAAGGAAUUGUUUAAUAUCUCAAGAUGGUAUUAUUAAAAUUUCUGAUUUUGGUCUUAGUAAAAUGAGUACAGAAUUAAAAUAUGAAAGUUUUUGGAGUCAAAAAAUUCCACUUGCAUGGAUGGCUCCAGAAACUCUUGUUCAUAAUCCUGUUUAUUCAGAAAAAAGUGAUGUUUGGAGUUUUGCUGUUGUUCUUUUUGAAAUAUAUUCUUAUGGAAAUAAACCUUGGCCUGAUAUGGAACCAAAAAAAAUGGCUACAUUAAUUAGAAAAAUUAAAUUAUGGGAUAUGCCAUCAGGAACACCAAAAUUUGUUUUAGAUAUUGUUAGUAGGAUAUUUAAAGCUGAUCCAACAAUUAGACCAGAUUUUAAAGAAUUAACAAAUAUCUUUAAAAAUUAUGUUAAUGAAAAUAAAUUAUCAAGUUCUGUAAAAAAUUUAACAAUAAAUAAAAUAAAAGAUGUUAAACGAAAAAAAUAUUUUACAAAUAUUGAUGAUAGAGGAAAUUUAAGUUCACUUUGUAAUAUAAAUCCUAAAUUAAUUUCAAAAGAAAAUGAUGAAGAUGGAAAUGUUUCUUGUACCUUUAAACAUUAG